CCCGCCCGCAUUUUUUUUGCCCCUCUGGCCCGUCGCCGGUACCACGCUUUCCCCCACUCUGCUCUGCUUGCUCUGCCUGCUCUGCUCUACGCCAACCGCCCGCCAGCCCGCCAGCCAGCCACGGACGGCAAAGCAAAUCUCGACCUCUGUCCGCCUGUCCCACGCAUGCAUGCUUUGUGUGUCUGCAUACCUAGCCAGCCUCCACUAAUCCCCGCCUGCGUUAUUGUACCGUUGCUACCGCAACUGCCUGUCUGCCUGCCUGUACUGUGCGGUGCUGUACUGUACUGUGCCUGCACGCCCUUCCCCUUCUCCCACCUCCGCCAUGCCCGCCCUCUUGGUCGAUACUAGCACCACCACCACCACCUCUUCUACAUCCCCCAGCGCCUCAUCGCCCUCCUUGUCUUCCUCCACCACCCCGCCAGCUCACCCGCCCAAGACACAGUCCCGCUCGAGGUCGCCAGACCGCCCGCCAGUGUCACCCAUCACGCCCACCGACACCGACACCAUUCCCCGACUAGCUCCCUCCGACAACAUUGCGCCGUCCGCCCCUUCACCACCCCCGCCGCCUGUCGCAACCUUCAGGCAGCAGCCUUCCUCGGUGCCCAUCCAUGAAUCCGAAAACCCAGAUGCCAUAGCAUUGCGCUCCGCCAUCUCCCUGCUCCAGCUGCAGCGGGAGAAGAGCAAACGCGACCUCAAGGCCCUCGAGCAACUCAGGCAACAAGCCGUCGCCGACCCCAAGGCUUUUGCCCUGUCCUUGCAGACUCAGCGCGCAAACGCCCCGCCCUCUCAAUCCGACAUUCUCGCCCCUACCCUCUCCGACAUAUCCAACGAUGCCAGGAAAGAACUGCAUCAAUCCGAAUCUUCGCCACGCGCAAACGACCAAGAGGAGGACGACGAGGACCCCGGCACCAACUCGGUGACAGAGGCGCCCAGAUUUCCUUCGAUACCGCAGCCCCAGAAUGUGGUGCGGUGUCCCCCCGUCAACUGGGCAAAAUACCACGUCAUCGGCGAAUCGCUGGACAAGAUGCACGAAGAGCAGAAACGCUAUCCCAACUCGACCGAUCCUCUGCGGUCGCAUCAGGGCAAGAAGCAGGCGCCCCACGCUGUCGCCGCGCCUUAUUCGCCCUUCACAGAUAGCUUGAGCCAACCCCAGGCCCCGCAACAGUCGUGGAGGAGUACCAAAAAGUCGCCCUCAUGA